AUGGGGUUAUUAGGAAAAUUUGUGUCGACUUUCGUCGACUCGUCACAGGCCAGUUCAAACGUAUCUGAAAUAUUCCCAGUGGCAGAUUGCUCUGCAGACGAGUGUGGAGCCUGUGAAAAGGGAUACCCCUCGUCCGUCAAAAUAGAAACUGAUACUCCGCUGUGGGGUUCAGCAAAAGAGUGGAAACUUCAUGUUCUUGUUUCCAGUGGUAAAACAGACUGGAAACAUGACGUUUCAGACGAACCAGAUGUAGCUGGAAGGGUCGUCAAAGCUAUAGAUCAUAGUCGAGGAACUCUGGAAAAACAGUUGGGUGGUUCUAUCAAACUCAACGCUUCGUCGAUGUUACCACAGGAAACGAGUCAUAUUGAUGUGGAAAAAGCUAAUAACGCAGUGUCGACCACACUUCUACUACUGCCAUUUUUUGUUAUUGUUCAUAAUGUAACUGCUGAAAAUGUGACUGAUCUGUUAUCUGAAGUGAUCAAAGCAUAUACAAACUUGACGAUUCAGGACCUGUUUAAACAAAAACCCGAGUUCUUCACUGCAUCUGGUAAUAAAGGAUACAUUCUAUUGUGUUCCCACCGCACCCGUGACAAACGGUGCGGAAUCACCGCUCCUAUCAUGCGCAAAAAGCUCGAGAUCGAGCUCCGACACCAUAAUCUGCAUCGAGAUCUCGGCCACGACGAGCCCGGCGGUGUCACCGUGCUCUUUGUCAACCACGUCGGAGGCCACAAAUUCGCUGCCAACGUGUUCUUGUACCUAAAAUCGGGCGAGGCUCUGUGGAUGGCACGAGUCCAGCCCCAGCACGCACAACCUAUCGUUGAAACAACUAUCCUCGAGGGCAAAGUGUUCCCAGAGCUGAUGCGCAAAUGUUUUCGCUCUGAAACGGUAUCCUGGUAA